CUAAGAGAGUAAAGGUAAAAUUUUGCCUCCUGUGCACUUUCUGACAAUAAACAUGGGAUCCUAAAAGGCUGGGAUGCCCACUCACUCAGAGCCUGUGAAUGGGAUCCUGGAACAGCCAAAAGAAGUGAGCGGAAGGUGGGAAUUCUUGUCAAAGCCAGUUCUCCCAUAUCUUGGUCUGUAGUUUCCAGUAGAGAAAGUAAGGAUGGGCAUCCAAAUGAAAUGGAGGAAGAAAUCAAACAAGAACUCAGGGGAAUUGUGACUUGUGUGGCCUGUGUGGACAGGGGUGGGAUGCAGCAGAUCAUAAUGAGCUCAAAUUCAAAAGUCAUUUCUUCAAGCAGUGGAUCCUGAAUAGAUCAAGGCUCCUGGAGUUUUCUCCUGUUUUUCAGCAUCCUGAUCCUGUGGCAUUGUUUAAUUCCCAAGUGCCAUCGGAUCAUUUGAGACAUACCCCCGAAUCCCUCUGGCAGGAGCUGGUCUCAGAGCAUGAAGGACUGGAGGAGUUAAUACACAGGGAAAGGCGUCCUUUCUCCCAGGGAAUUUUGAUCUUCUCCAGAAGCUGGGCUGUCAACCUGAACUUGCAAGAGAAGGAGGGAGUCAUCUGUGAUGCUCUGCUGAUAGCACAGAACAGCCCCUCAUUCUCUACACCAUUCUCGGGGAGCAGGAGGCUGGGGGCAGGGCUACUGCACCUUCAUAGCCUUUACUUUGAAGCAGAAGCUGGUGAACAUGGGGGGCUACACUGGGAAGCUGUACAUCAUGGUGAAGGUCCUCUGCCUGCGUGCUGAGAGCAACACAGAGAGCUUGGGGGGUGCAGUCUGUCCGAUAGGUUACCCCAGGUCCUAUUCCCUUGUGGACACCCAGCAAGAGGAAGCCUUGCUGCAGGCCCUGGUGAUCGUCCUCCUCAGCUUCAGGUCCCUCCUGAGUGACCAGCUCAGCUGUGAGGUUUUAAAUCUGCUCACAGCCCAACAGUAUGAGCUAUUUUUCAAAAACCUGUGCAAGGACAGAGAAUUGUUUGUCCAUGGCUUGCCCGCUCAGGGAAGACUGUCAUGACCAGGAAGAUCAUGGAGAAAAUCAGGAUUGUGUUUCACUGUGGGGAAGAUGGAAUUCUCUACAUUUGUGAGAACCAGACUCUGAGGAGCUUUAUCAGGAAAGAAUUUCUGCUUGUAAACUGCAUAACCACUGGGAAAAUGGACAUCAGCAUUGAUGUGGAAACUGAAUAUGCUGAGCUGCUUCUAUAUGUGGGAACAGUCGUUCUUGGAGAGAAAAAUAGAAAAAAAAUGAAAAAUUGUCAACUGAGAAAGAAGCAGAAUGAUAAUGUCUUACACGCUACGUGUGCUCUGCUCAACUCUGGAGGGGGAGUGAUCAAGGCUGAAAUUGAAAAUAAAGACUAUAAUUAUUGCCAAGAUGGAGUAGGACUAGAUUUGGAAAAUUCUUUUAGACACAUUCCAUCAUUUGUAUCUGAAUACCUAGAUAUGGUACAAAAGGGAGACAACUUUCUGAUUUUUGUGAAAUCAUGGAGCUCGGAAACAUCUGGUCUGCGGAUCAUCACCUUGAACACCAAUUUGUACAAAAGAGAUGUAACAACUACAGAGACCCUGGAUGCAACUGCUGCACUGGAAUUCCUCAAAGACAUGAAAAAAACUCAAGGGAGAUCGGAUGUAAGACCACGAUUGCCUGCAAAGAGGCCUUGUAUAGAUGGUGUACAAGAAGAAAGUCACAUAGAGGCUUUGGCUGAUGACUUUUUCAACCGUACAGAACUUGAGCAUAGAGAAAAAGUAAACUUUACUGAAUCCACACAUGUUGAAAUGAAAGACUUCUCAACAGGAAAAUUGUUACAACGAAUUAAAGAGAUUCUCCCUCGAUAUGUUUCUGCAUUUGCAAAUACUGAUGGAGGAUAUUUGUUCAUUGGUUUGAAUGAGAAUAAGGAAAUAAUUGGCUUUAAAGCAGAAACGAGUGAUCUUCAUAAAUUAGAAAAUGAAAUAAAAGAGUGCAUUAAGAAACUGCCCAUCCAUCACUUCUGUAUGAAACCGAGUGAGAUAAAAUACUCAUGCAAAUUCCUUCAAGUCUGGGAAUUUUCUGAGGGAAAGAAAAGUCUUUGUGGAUAUGUUUGUGCACUCAGAGUGGAGCGAUUCUGCUGUGCAGUGUUUGCGGAAAACCCUGAUUCCUGGUGUGUCGAAGAUAACCAACUGAGGCAGUUCACCACGAUGGAAUGGAUCCAGCUCAUGGUGGAGGAUAAACCAGACAUGUGCCACCAACUGCCAGGGCCAAGUUUGAACUCGCCACCUCUGAGACAGAGUUUCACUCUAGCUCAGGUUGUGUUUUAUAAUUUAUUAUCAUUGUUUCCUUAUCUAGGACUGUCAGAAGAGAAAAUAUCUACUCCAGACGUCCAUUACAUGAAAUUGUCCUCAGAAAUAAUAUGGAAAGAAAUGGACUUUGACAGUCAAGAUUCAUGGAUCUUCUUCUCCAGGAGCUGGUCUUUGUGUCUGGGCUUGGAAAAGAACCAGAAAGUCACCUGUGAUGCUCUUCUGAUUUCCCAGAGAAAUCCCCCAGUCCUACUCACCUUCUGUGGGUCACUAGACGAAGAGUUAAAAGGCUAUUCUAAACAGAUUGCCCUAACUUUAAAGCAGAAGCUAGUAGAACUUGGUGGCUACACUGGAAAACUUUGUGUCAGGAGAAAGAUCUUCUGCUUGAGUCCUAAAGGCAAGGAAAGCUGCUGUUAUGAUUCAGAAAGGGAAGCAUUUUACCCAAAACCCUACUACUGUCGGCAGAUCAGGACAGAAGUGGUGACAAUCUUAUCCCUGAUGACUGUGAUUCUGUCAUACCCUCCAGAUAUGGCUGAGGCCUGA